GAAUACAAAAAAAAACAUUCUGUCAAUGUCAAUCUAUCAAAACCAAACAAAUGUGUUUUUAAAUUAUCUUUAAACGAUUCUAAAAGUAUUUCUUAAAAAAUGGUAAAACUAACUGCGGAAUUAAUACAAAACUCAUGGCAGUAUAUAAAUCCGGUAAAAGAUCGUGAAUUAAAUUUACGAGGAUAUAAAAUCCCGGAAAUUGAGAAUUUAGGGGCUACCGGUGAUCAAUUCGACACGAUCGAUUUCUCCGAAAACGAUAUCCGCAAAUUGGAUGGAUUUCCAUAUUUAAAACGAUUAAAAUGUCUAUUAAUGAACAAUAAUCGUAUUGUUCGUAUUGGGGAAGGUUUAGAAGAACACAUCCCUAAUUUAGAGUCGCUUGUUCUUACUGGCAAUCACAUUGAAGAAUUAGGCGAUGUUGAUCCGUUAAUUCCAUUACAAAAUUUAAAUAGUUUGAGUUUGUUACAUAACCCGAUAACGGCUAAACCUCAUUAUAGGUUUUAUGUGAUUUAUAAAUUACCGCAAAUUAAACUGUUGGAUUUUCGUAAGAUUAAAUUGAAAGAACGAGAGGAAGCUAAGGCUUUGUUUAAAAGUAAAAAAGGGCGGGAAAUUCAAAAUGAAAUAUCUAAAAGGGCAAAAACUUUUGUUCCGGGCGGUAAUUUGUCUGGUACUACUAUUAAAAAUAAAGGACUUUCUGCACAACAAGUUAGCAAAAUCCGAGAGGCUAUUACAAAGGCUAGUUCUUUAGAAGAAGUGGAACGAUUACAGAAAUUAUUGCAAUCUGGUCAUAUACCAGGUGAUAAUAAUCAGAAUGGUCAUUCGUCGGAUUAUGAAAUGAUGGAAGUAGAUGGGGGCCAAAAAUUUACAGUUAGGUAAUUUUUAAGGUUUCUUUGAUAUGGAGAAUUUUUAAGUUGAUGAGAAUUUUUUACUACAUAAAGAGUGUGUUUUGUGUUAAUUUUUGUUGAGGUUAGGUCGAGAAGCGAUAUACAAAAAGUUAGGUUUCUUUUUUGUGGGAUUAAAAAUUUAUAUUUUUAUCAAAAUUUUCUUUUGGGAUGUCAUAAAUUUUUCGUCUUUGGAUUUAAUUAAUCUCCUCCUUCUUUAUGCAAAAAUAAAAUAUUUCUUUAAU